AUGCUAAUUUUUCUGCUUAUCCUUCAUUUUACUCGAAUACUUGCAGACGUUUGCCCGUUUCCAUCGAGUUAUCUCGAUAAAUUUGAUGGAUGUGUCAUUUAUGAUGAUAAAGCCAAAACUUUCAACGACGCUGAGACGGAAUGUGAGAAAAUUUAUGAAGGAGCGCUGAUUUCGAUUCACAACAUCUAUCAGAAUGCUUACGUGAAAUCAUUGGCCGUGAAUCAUAAUGCGAUCGCUUAUGUGGCCAUUGGAUUGAGGAGGAGCGAUUUGGGGAGCAAGAAUUGGACGUGGACAGACGGAAGUGCCACUGAUUAUUUCUCUUGGGCACGAGGCAAGUUUAGGUAUGAUUAUUAUGGAACUUCUCAAUCAUUGACCUCGUUCUGCUUAUUUGCACCAAAACCGUCAGCGUCACCGAAUUGUGAAAGCACUUGGAGUCACUGGAUUGACACCACCAAUUGCACGGAAAACUGCGGUGGAUGUGGAUGGAAGAAACAAGUCCGAGAUUGUCUCUCUUUUGAUACUUGUCCUUGCCCUGGUGAGGACAAUCGACUCUGGUAUUGCGGUGCCACCGAGUGCACCGCUCCACAGCCACGCUGUUGCAAGUACCACUCACCGUUUAUCAACAUGACAUCAAAGAGAUAUGAGUGUCAAGAAGACGAUGAUCCGGUGCCGACUUUCGAAACGACUCCCUGCUACGGUACGUGGUCGUCUUGGGAAAACGUGGACUAUUGCUCGAAUAAUUGUGGAAUGUGUGGAUGGCAGCCAAGGGAAAGAACAUGUCAACCGGCUGGUUGUCUAUGCGACGGUCCCUCUCGACAAAUCUUCCCCUGCAACAAGACCCCUUGUCCGGGCACUCCUUGCUGUCAAGGAUAUUCUCUGCAAUUUGACCCGGACACGCAACUGAAUGAUUGUCAACCGAUUUCACCACUUCGA